GACAUUUUUAUUCACAGACUGGUGUACACGUUGAAUCUCCGCACAUCUGCUCGCAGCAACUAAACAAAUGAAAAACUGAGACAGACAAAAAUGUCGAUGUGAGGGCUAAAUAUCAAUCAAAUACCACGCGGCCACAAAUCUGAGAAAUGGCCGGGGAGCCGCCUAGCUACACAAACACACGGUGUGAGGCAGCCAAUUAAAAAACAUACACAACACAUUUUUCUUCCACGACUCUUCAUCCCGGGCACCGCAGGUAAAGAAAAAAGGCAGUGGCCCCGCCCACCCCUCGCGUCACUUCCGGCCCCACAAAAGAGGGAAGAUGGCGGCGCCCUGUAAUUCGGAGCUUCCGUCCGAGGCUUCGUCUUGUUUAAAAAUCCCGAAGAAUGAACUUAUAUCACCGCCUUCCCCAGGUCUUAGCGAUGGGAACCGAUCCCUGUCCAACCCUUCCACCCCAAGCCGCUCGUCUCCUCUCAAUGCAGGGACCCCCGGUGCGGCUCCCACAGGCCUGAGCGGGGCAUCCCCCUCGGUUUCUUUCUCCACGGCGUGCAGGGGGAUGUCCUGGACCCCGGCAGAGACGAACGCGCUGAUUGCCGUGUGGGGGAACGAGCGGUUAGUAGAAGCCCGGUACCAGCAGCUGGAGGGAGCCGGCACGAUCUUUGGAACAAAGGCACCAGGGCCCGCUAUGUACGAUCGGGUGUCCCGGGCAUUAGCGGAGCUUGGCUAUGAGAGGACUCCAUCUCAAUGCCGGGAGAGGAUGAAGACUCUCCGACGAUGUUACAGUCGUGUAAAAGAACGAGGUGUUGGUAAAAGAAAGAGCAGCUACACAUUUGAACAGUUGGAACGAGUGUUUGGUCAAGGAGGAUGGGACACCCAGCCAUGCCAACCUGUGUUAAUUAACAGCAGUGGUCUCUACCAGGAGAUGGAAUCUGAUGGAAGUACAAUGGAAGAUUACUCGCAAGAUGAUUGGGGAAACCACAGUCAAGAUUUACAAGGAUUUCCUGGGGAAGAUUUAGCACCUUGGGUUGUCCAGAAGCCAUCUUUGCCAUGUCCACCGAAUGAUGAGGAAAUCAGUAUUCCAAAGAGACCAGCGAAAAACAAUAGAGAACCAAUAGAGGAGACACAGAAGAGAGAUAUCCUUCAAACCAUAAUGAACAUUUUGGAGUCUGUCCAGCUGAAAUGGGAACUUUUCCAAAGUUGGACUGACUUUUCAAGACUUCAUCUCUCUAAUAAGCUAGCAAUUUUUGGUAUUGGUUACAACACACGAUGGAAAGAUGACAUAAGAUAUCAUUAUGCUGAAAUAAGUUCACAAGUACCCCUUGGAAAACGACUUCGAGAGUACUUCAAUCCAGAGAAACCAGAAGGAAGAGUUGUAAUGACUAGAGUGCAAAAAAUGAAUUGGAAAAAUGUUUAUUAUAAAUUUCUGGAAAUAACCAUUAGUGAAGCAAGAUGCCUUGAACUGCAUAUGGAGACUGACUGGAUACCUAUAGCUCAUUCCAAGCCAAUUGGAGGAGACAUUGUUCAAUACCUAUUACCUGGCGGCAUUCCAAAAAGUCCUGGCCUCUAUGCCAUUGGUUACGAAGAUAUGCGCAACAAAACGGUCCCAGAUGAUGGAGUUGUCGAUUUAGUUAAUGAUGGUAAUUGCGAAAGCACUGAAGAGCUUGCCACAAAGUCUGAUCCAAUAUCUACCAAAAUUAACUAUUGCUAUCUUGGCAUUGCAGAGAGUAUAACUCUCCAGCAGUGUUUAUUUUUUCAUUUUCAGUCCACUAUCAAGAACCAAAGCAAAGAGUGGGCAAGCAUCAAUGGAUUUUUAGCUCAAAACUGCAAGGUGGAACCUGGAGUGUCACCUAAAACUAUCUACAUCAAAUUUGUUGAAGUGGAAAGAGAUUUUCUUUCUGCUGGGUCUUUAGUUGAGUGCCUGGAAAAAGCCAUUGGGUACCCUUUGAAGUUCAACAAAUGAAUCUUAUCCUUUAUAAGGAUUGGGGCUCUACAUAUAAAACUUCCCAUUACACCGGACUCUCCGUGAACUGUGAAUGGAUUUUUUUUUUUUUAAUUAUUAAGAAAACCGCUGUUUCAGAAAUUGAAGAAUUGUCCAAAAACUGAACUUGCAAAUGUGUUUUCAAGAUUUUGUCCUGAGCAAGUGGAGCAUUGUGUAUGAAAUAAACAGUGUUUUAUAUAAAAAAAAAGAGAAUUUUAUUGUAGAGCCCUGAUAUAAAUUGCUGUACGUACAUUCCACAUUGGACGUAGCUUAUAUUUCAUUUUCAAAGGAAAUACUGUAUUUUUUUGUUCACGUUUCAUUUUUACAUAUCUGUGUGUGUUUAAAAAAAAAAAAAGCUUAAAGAAUGACAUUCAGCCUUGAAAUUGACAAAAAGGUUGGCUUGUUAUAGCCUAAGUAGACAAUAGUGUAUAUAAUUUAGAUAAAUCAAUUUUUUACCCAUUAAGUGUUUUUAAUAUUUCCAACCAGUGUUGCCUGCGAAAAAAACUUUUGUUUGUGAUGUACUGUAUCCACUCUUAGCUGUGUUGCCAUAUCCAUUUUUUUAAACCAUUAAAGUAAGUAUUGGAUUCUUUGUGUUUUUCGUUAGUUGGCAUUUUAUGGACUUAAACAAGUGCAUUCUGAUAUAUACUGUAAAGUAUAAAUAAAGGGUUUUAACUUCCAUACAAGGUAUAAAAUAUUGAAAUUUAUAAAACGUAAGACUGGUCUUUAUAUGCGAAAUAUGGUAUGACAAGAAGCCAAAACUAUGUGAGCUGCUUGAACACGUGGUUUUUUUUUUGUUUUUUUUUAUAAACUUGAAUUUGAAAGUUUAUUGAAAGUAUUCGUUUCCUAGCAAUUACCAAUCUGCAAGUCUCCAAUUAUGGGUUGUAUUUUGUUGUUGUUGUUUGAUUGUUGAUUAUAAUUUCUAGCAGCAGUGUGGUUCAUUCAUACUACACUGUCUGUAGACCAGUGAAGGGUGCCAGUGCCUUUAUUGAGAUUUAAAUCUAAAACAGGUAAUUCAAACAGCAACGUGUAGGACCUGCCCCCAUGGUGAUGAGUUUUUAUUUAGGGAAGUAGUUGUUUUUUGAGUUGGUUAGAAUCCGUUUAUUUUAUUAGAAUACAAAAAGCUAUACACAAUGUGUAAAUGUGUACUCCAAAAAAGUAACGUUCCAUACAUUUGUUUUUCUUAUUGUUACAUUUUUAUUGCUUAAUCCUAUUGGAAGUUUUUUUGUCUGAGACAAUUAUUUUAACCUUUUUCAAGAGACCCAAUUGUAGUUUUAUUUGUAUUUUAAGGGCUGUCUUGCAAUGUCCUGAGUAUUUCAGUGUUUGAGUAGCUGCUAGCACCAUAUUUAAAUGUAUCUUUUUACCCCAACCCCCCUUUCCCUUAAUGAAGCAGUAUAUAUAUAUAUUUUUCACUUUUUUUCUGUCGGAGUUUAAGCUACUGGGCCGCAGCUUUUUAAAUGUCUUGAUAUUAAACUCAACUCGAUGUUGGACAAAAUGUUAAAUGACGACGUUUUCGCUUUCUUACAUCUCCAGUUUGUCAUUAAUUAAAGCUGCCAUGUUUUGCCCCACCAGCCUCAUGGGUUGCUGUGUAACCUUAUCUUCACUGUAAGUGCGAAUGUAUAAAGAUGUCAUUCAAAAUAAAAAGUGAACGAUUUGUUUUA